CAUCUGGAAAUGCUGAUUGACCAACUAAAGAUCAAAUUACAAGACACCCAAAAUAACUUACAGAUCAACGUCUCUGAACUGCAGACCUUGCAGUCUGAACACGACGCCCUGCUAGAAAGGCACAACAGGAUGCUGCAGGAGACCGUGUCCAAGGAGACCGGGCUCCGAGAGAAGCUGUGCGCCGUGCAGUCGGAGAACUCCGCGAUGAAGUCUGAGCAUGCACAGACCGUGAGUCAGCUCUCGGCCCAGCACGAGGCCCUGCGUGGCAGCUUCCGAGACCAGGUGCUGCAACUGCAGGAGGAGCACCGGCGGACGGUGGAGACGCUGCAGCAGCAGCUGACCAGGCUGGAGGCCCAGCUCUUCCAGCUCCGGAGCGAGCCGUCCACAAGAAGCCCAGCUUCUUCCCAGCAACCUUUGAGGAGCCUUCGAGAAAGGAGAAGCACAGACCUCCCACUUCUGGAUGUGCCGGCCACGACCCGGGAGGAGGGGGAGGGGAUGGAGACCACGGACACCGAGUCCGUAUCUUCUGCCGGCAUCCACGCGCAGUCCUUAGAGCAGCUGCUCCGUCCUCCCGAAGCCAGACUCGAACCUCCUUCCUGGCACGCUGAAUUCACCAAAGAAGAAUUGGUUCAAAAGCUCAGUUCCACCACAAAAAGUGCCGACCACUUAAACGGGCUGCUUCGGGAAACAGAAGCCACCAACGCCAUCCUCAUGGAGCAGAUUAAGCUUCUGAAGAGUGAAAUAAGGCGGCUGGAGAGGAACCAGGCGCGAGAGCAGUCGGCCGCCAACCUGGAGUACCUGAAGAACGUGCUGCUGCAGUUCAUUCUCCUGAAGCCGGGAAGCGAGCGGGCGCGGCUGCUGCCCGUCGUGGACACGAUGCUGCAGCUCAGCCCCGAGGAGAAGGCCAGGCUGGCCGCCGCAGCCCAAGGUGAGGAGGAAAAUGCUUCCCGUUCCUCCGGCUGGGCGUCCUAUCUGCACAGCUGGUCUGGACUUCGAUAGACCGAUGGGAAAAGCAUUAUCUAUUAACCAAAUAGAAUCCAUUCGGCAAAAGAGGUUCACGUAUAUGGCCGUCGUUCUUUUGUCCAGAAGCGUGUGUACAUAAGUCACGUCUCCGUGUGUGCGUCCGUACGUGUGUCUGAUGGGUUGAAAAGGCUCGGCCCGCGGUGAACUCCGGCAGGUGGAGUGGGGGAGGGGCCGUGGCCCAGGGACCCUGCCCCUCCCCGCUGCCACCAGACCCAGGGCCACGCGGCCACCCCACUCCCUCCUCCGGACCCUCAGGCCACCUGCGUCGGGGCCGCACUGUGAAUUCUGAAGUUAAACUAGAUUUAGGUCCUGUACCAGCUGGGACUUAGGCUUUUAAAAUAAUGUUUGAAGACCAUUCAUCGCAAGGUCAGACCUGCAGGUAGAUUGUUAUUCGUGACAAAUUAUGAGAGAAAACUUGUGAGUUAGGGUGUGAAGGAAAAUGCUUUAUCAGUAACGCUGACGUCUUUAUGACGGGAAUGUAAAGCGAAUGUGCUGCCGUUCGUUACGAGACUAAGUGAAAAUGUGAUUCAUUUCGUUAUUUCCUUUCACGUGAGCUGUUCUUUUUUCUCGGAAGUGUAUUACCUCAAAACCUGUGCUGGGGUCAGAUCAGAAGCCCCGGUCGCCACAUUCCCGCGGGGGGCGGCCCUGGGGUCCCGCCCAGGCUUCUGCUGUGCUUCAGCUGCUUCCGCGCCGGGAGUCUGGCGGGACCCGGGCCGCCUCCCCGGAUGACCGUUCCCCGGGGCGCCGGCCCCAGCGGACAGGUUGCUGCGUGCUGCACGGGGCCCUGGGAGAUCGCACAGCGCCCGAGAGCAGCUCUAGGUGCGGGUCACCUGCCCGGGCGCCUCUGACUCUUCCAUGGAGCCCAUCAAACACGUGUCCUUAAAUCAUAAACGUGAGAAUGCUAGUUGCGGUAUUUCUUCGUGGAAAAAAAUCGCCUCACAGUAUGCCCUGGGAAGCUCUCUCAGCUUCCAGUUCAUACUCCGAUCUUCAGUCUCAGCUGGUGAACUGACUUUGUACUUUGGUGACUGGGAACUUUGGUUUCCAAUUUAAUUUAACUGAAGUUUGCUGCUGACAUGUUGAGUUUGUUCUUUAAACAAAAAUCUCCACGUCUGUCCUUCCUCCUGUUUUAGAAGAGCAGACCUACUAGUGAAUGUACUAACGAAAUGCAUCUAUUUCAGAGCUGACUUUAAAAGUUUAAAUUUAGUUUUUUCCUUAUAAGCUGUGAAUAUGAGUAUGCCAGCAGUAUGCGCUAUAACUGUCACAGUAUUUACAUAAAUUUCACCGUCUCUGCAAGUCCAGGCCUCUUUGAAGUCUAUAAAAACUUGUUUUGAAAUAUAGUCUCUACCUAUGGACAUAACAAAAAUGCCUUUUUGCAAGAUAAAAAAUUUAUUACUUUGAUUACAAAAGGUAUCCUUCCCUGGUUUCAGCAAUGAGAGGAAAUGUAAUGAUUAUUUUAAUAUUUCUAUUAAACGUGUUGCACUGUUAUGCCCGCUCCAUCUUCUAUUAGCCGAGGUCUCCUGGGCAUUUUGAGUUGCUUUAUGAAGUGAAUCUUCGGUUCCUUCUCUGCUGUCUUUACCAGUUGGGACCUCGGACCCUGCGUGCUUGGAGGAACGCAGGUCGCGCUUUGGGUCCGUGGUGCCUGCCGCGUCUGACACUCACCUUCCGGCUGAAACUCAGGCCACCUUGGCCUUUCCGUGGGCACCUCUCAAGCUCUGGCCUCUGUGGUGUGCGGGUUUCUUGUACAGCGAACUCUGCUUAUGCUGCAAACAGCGUGAGUGGAGACUUACAUCCCUUUAGGCAGCAGUGGACUGCUCGCGCGCGGCGCCGCGCCCUUUACCCCACGUUAGCCAGCGAUGAAUCCAAGGGCUCCCGCGAGGGUACAAACAGCGUUGCUGUUCGGUAAACAGAGCACACAGAAAUGCUCGCGUGUGAUUAAAUAGGAACGUGGUGGUGGCACUUGGUGCAAGACUGUUGUGUUUUGAUUUGGUGUCUGAAAAUCAGCUGUGGCUUCGGCAUAAGCCCAGGAGGACAACCUGUCACAACUUUGCGGUGUCUUUGGGCUGCUUUUCACCCAUGAGUGUUAAAAAGCGUUUGGUUGCUUAUGUAUUUGGCUGUAUAGAGAAGGGAAAUGUUUUUCACCUGCAUUCAAAAUGUGAGUACAUGGGAAGAGAAUCAAGUUCUGACAUUCAGGUUAUUACGGUUGAAAAAAAUAGAAAGGCUCCUGUGAGUCGAACGCUGACUAUGGUGAGGAAACGUGAUUUCGGGUUCAGUAAUGCAGGUGACCACCUGGUUUCCUUGGAGGAUGGGCCCACUCCCACCCACCUCUCCAGAGUCCGCCCUCACCCCUCCUCUCUGAGGACGGUCACCGCCCCUUCUCCACACACACCAUACAGAUGCAGGGAGGCCCAGCCAUGGUCACCUGGACCAGGUGCAGGGCCCUACCCGAGCCAGACCACCUAGAUUCUCUCAGGGUGAGGACUUGGGACCGAGACUCAAGUCAGCAUGUCUGUGCACCCCGGAUCGAGACGUGUAAACGCAGGGGCUCCGGACGCCCCGAAGGAGCGGGGAAAGCCCACCAAAGCCCAGCGCAAAGAAGGCUAAGCUGACGCGCAGAGGUCGCGGAAGCCUGGGGCAAGAGUUCCGGGGCCUUCAGUUAACAAUAUGGAAUGAGCUCGUGAUGUUAACGUUCAAACAGAAAAAAAAAAAAAAAUUGAACAAAACAAAGCAGACGUUCUAAUCUAGGAAGCUCAGAAUUUAAUGGUGUCUCUGAAAAUAAAAGAAAUAGAAAUUUUCAAAGAAAUAUUGCAAGAAAGCUUUGUGCAACUAAAAGACAAGUUCAAAAUAAAGGGCUGAUCAAAGAUCCAGUAGAGACAGUCCCAACUUCCGACGGGUCGACUUAAGAUUUUUUGACUUUUUGAUGGUGCGAAAGUGAUACCUGUUCAGUAGAAACCGUACUUGGAAUUAUGACUCUGGUCACCCCGCGACCAGAGGGGUGAACAGUCGGUACACUGACAACCGUUCUGCUUUCACUUUCAGCGGAGAAUUCAACAAGUUACGUGAGAUAGUAAACACUCUGUUAUAAAACAGGCUUCGUGUUAGAUGAUUUUGCCCAACUGCGGGCUGUCGUAAGUGUUCUGAGCAUGUUUAAGGUGGGCUGGGCUACGAUGCUUGUGGGGUCAGGUGUACUAAACGCAUUUUCCACUUUCAGUGGGUUUAGUGGAACAUAGCCCCAUGGUAAGUGGAGGAAGAUCUGUCCAUGAAUGAAACAGGAAUAUCGAUGUAAAUUUUUAGGAGAAAAAGAGGCUCCUAAAAGGUUUCCAAAGAGAAAAAAAACAAGUCACAUACGCAGGACACAGGAGGGAAAGGGGAGCUGCAUCAGGCCUCUCGACAGCAGCACUGCACACCUCAAGGCACUGGAGAAAUUCCUUCAAAAUUCUGAGGAAACAUGAUUUCCAGCCUGGAAUUCUGUAAACACAAGCUCUCGGUUAGUUAAGUGGAAAGAGAAAGACAUUUUCAGAUCCUUAAGAACUGGAAAAAAAAAAAAAAUUACUUCCCACGUCCUUUCUAAGGAACCUUU